AUGGCCACGGAAGCCCUCCUUCCCCUAGGCGCCGCCUACACUGGAGCCACGCAAUCUCAUCUCGACUCUGCCAAAGCCGACGCUGGCAAAGAAUACUUCCCCACCGUCUUCAACCCCGCCACGGUCCACCAGAAAGGCCACGCCGUCAUCGGCGCCGGUCGCUCUGGCCUCACCAAAUCCGGCCCGCUCGACGGCUUCAAACUAUACUACGAGGUGCACGGCACCGGUCCCAUCAAAGUGAUCUUUGUCAUGGGUCUCAACAACUCGUGCUUCGGAUGGUUGCCUCAAGUCGAAUACCUCUGCAAGGAUCCACGAUACUCGUGUCUCGUCUUUGACAACCGAGGCGUCAGCAACUCGGAAACUCCCGCCGGGUGGUACAAGACGUCAGAGAUGGCGGUGGAUGCGUUCGAGCUGUUGAAACAUGUGGGGUGGUUGAAGGAUGGCGAGAGGAGUGUCCAUGUCGCAGGCGUCUCGAUGGGUGGAAUGAUCGCAUUGGAAAUGGCAAGACAGAGACCAGAGGUGAUCAAGAGCCUGACGCUCAUCUCCACUGCUGCAGGGAGGAGGUACAGGACCCCUACGUACGGUCUAACUUCCUUGGCCCGCGUUCUCGGCGGAAGAGUCUUGGGUUUCGACAGCGAACCGUACCGUCUCAACCGUCUCAUCACCACCCUUUUCCCCCAAGUAUGGCUCGAACAACCUUCCACAAAGGAUCCUAAAGGCAGAUCCAACCAGCAAGUCCUCUACGACAUGUUCAAAUGGCGCUUCCACUUUACCAUCCGACAAUCGCUCCACGGCGCAGUCAGCCAGAUGAAGGCCGCUGUCACGCACCACAUCUCCGACGCGGAUCUCGACAAGAUCAACAAGAGCGUAGCCAAGAUCUGCAUCUUGACCGGCGACACGGACUACCUGGUCGAUCCGAGAAACUCGAAGUUCUUGAAGGAGAAGCUGGAGAGCGCAGAGUAUCAUCGCUUCGAAAAGGCAGGUCAUGCGUUGGGUAAUCAGAUUGCGGACAAGGUCAACGAGAUCCUGGAAAAGGUGAUUGCCGAAGGAGAGGAGAGGGCCAAGCUAUAA